AUGUCAUCUCCGAAAGCACGAAUCGAUCAGAUAACUGACCACUUGACCAAUGACAGUCGGCCCAGGCUUGACGGACUAGUUUGCAUUAUUACAGGAGCCGGAUCUGAAAUAGGAAUCGGUCGGGCAACCGCAUGGGUAUUUGCGAAACAUGGCCCCAAAGCAAUCUACGUCACGGAUUACCAAUACGAUCUUCUCCCCUCUCUUGCCAAAGACAUUCAAGAAAAAUACCCAUCCGUUACGGUAAUUCCUAAAAAAGUUGACGCGACCAGCGAAGCGGAUGUGAGUGGAGUGAUCAAAGACGCAAUCGAUGCAUUUGGACGGUUGGAUGUUUUCUUUGCCAAUGCUGGAUUGGGCAGCGAUUCUUCAUUCGUUAAUGGUGAUGCAUCUUCUUGUAUGAAUAUCAUGAGAGUCAAUGCGCUAAGCGUCUUUCUCGCCAUCAAAUUCGCGUCUGAAGCGAUGAAAAUUACUGGUGGCAAAGGUGGCAAAGAAGAAGCUUCUGGAUCUAUAAUUGCUACUGCUUCCGUGGCCGGAAUACGAUCCGGUGCUGGCGGUGCUGAUUAUUCUGCUUCUAAAGCUGCAGUCGUAAAUUUUGUUCAGACCGGUGCGAGUCACUUGACUGGCACAAAUAUUCGCGUCAAUGCUGUUUGCCCU